UCCUUGAAGUUCAAGAAUGUCACAUACAUUCUUUUAAGUGGCAAAUAAGAGUUUGGUGAAUUGUAGUUCAACUUCUGUCUCUAUUUUUUCUUUAAAUUCUUACCAUUUCUCAAUGUUUUCUUUUCCAUAAUUCCUUUCAUUCACCAAACCAUAUGUAUUUUCUUACCUCACAAUAUCCUUUGUUAAUUUCUUCAAGCUAAUGAUCCAAUCAAACUAUAUAGAUGUGAAUGAACUUUGGAUUUGCAUCUUUUAAUUUUUUUUCCCCAAUUACAUCAACUAUGGCUCUCUUUUUCUUGCAUUAUGCUAGAGUUCCCCUUUCAGCUAUUCUCCUCUUCUACCUUCUCACUUAUGGUUGUUUUUAUGGAAAAUGUGAUGAUUUCGAGAGCGGUUCAACAGGUGGUUCGGUGGGUUUUGAGGACCCGCCUGAGAUUGUUGCCAAAGCAUUGCUUUGCUUUAAUGACAGAUAUAUAUACAGCGCAUGUGAAGAAUCGUAUAGAUUAAAGGAGAGUGGGAAUCUGGAAGUACCACUAGAGAAAACGGAGGAAUAUUGCAACGGACCGUGUUUGAGUGAAACGGAAUUGGUGUUGGAUUGCAUUAAUGGAAUUUUUAGCAACUUCUUGUUUUACAAUAGAGCCACCUUGCAAGACGUUAGGGAUACUAUCCACGCUGGAUGUGGCUAUGGCCCACAGAGAGGAAACUUUGAUGUGUUGGAGCAUAUAAAUGCAGAAAGAGGCAAUGCUUGUAGGGCUUCCAACAUGGCAGCUCUUGGAUUUUCCUUUUUCAUUUUAGGCAUUUUUAGCUUAUUGCUUUGAAAACCUUCAUGAUUUUCUCACUAUGGACAUUGUAUUAACAUGGUUUGCAUUAACUAAUUCAAACAUUAGUGUAUGACAAAAAUAUUUAGUUUAGUGCUUUAGUUGUUGUAACUCUCUAUUAUACAAAGUAAAAUUUUUUAACUAUUUGGUUUGAGAGUGAUUUUUUAAAAGUCACUAUUAAAUAUGUUUUUUAAUCGUGUACCAUUAAUAAAUUUUAUGUAAUUUGAGUUGUUC